CACACGCUCCUCUAGGCGCCUCCCUCCCAGUCUUCGUCCGCGCCUCCGCCCCCGCGUCCGCCUCGCGAGCCGCGUGGAGCUCACGGGUCACGGCGGCGACCGCCAUUGGAGCUCCCGGAGGUCAAUGGGGGAGUCAGUGCCAAUGUCAAUUAUCAACAGUAUUUCAAACUUCCGUGCCCUGUUUUCUAGCAACGCUGUUGAAACUGAGCUAGUUAAGAGGUAUGGAAGGAAGAUUGAUGAAAUCCUGGAUCUUCUGAAGAUGGUCAUCGAUGGAGUUUUAACCCAGGUCACUCCAGAUGAUAAACUACUGGAUGUGCUUGAGGAACUAGAUGUUACCAUCAACGAGGCACUAAAGCUAGUUGGAAGCUGGGAUUGGAUGAUGAGCAAAAUUUACUUUGCCACACAGGUGGAGUCCCUUAUUACCAAGAUGCAAAAAUAUGUUCUUGAAGUGUGCCAAGCUCUCAAUUCUCUCAUGUUACCAUCAGAAACAAAUUGUAUUUCAGUGUACUUGGAGAAAGCAAAGCAAUUUCACUGUGACAAAAUGACAGCUGUUGUUGGGGAGGCUUCCAGGGAUCUUGUAGGGAAAAGUAUGCCAAAGUCAGAGCAAUUGACAAAUAUCCAAGUAUCAUUGAGCUUAUCCACAAAUCAAGAAUUGCUGAUGGAGGCUGUUGCUCUGUCCAAGAUUAGAAUGAGAGUUAGCGCUGAUGAUAGUGCAGAACUGGAUGGUGUCAACGAUAUCUCUAAAUUAGUCAACUAUAUGCUUGAUAAACAUGUGGAAGAAAAGCAGAUGCACAGCAUUAAUGGAGUACCCAUUCCUGCUGAUUUUUGUUGCCCCCUUUCCCUUGAACUAAUGUCAGAUCCAGUGAUUGUGGCAUCUGGUCAAACAUAUGAACGGGUUUUCAUCAAAAAAUGGCUUGAUUUGGGCUACAAUGUCUGCCCAAAGACACGUCAAACAUUGGGGCACACCAAUUUGAUUCCUAAUUACACUGUCAAACAGUUGAUAGAAAAUUGGUCUGAGAUACAUGGCAUAGUGCUACCAGAUCCUGUGAAACUCUUGAGUUUGAGCUUUCCUGUUUUCCUGAACCUGACAAAUGAUAGUACAAGCGAUAGAUCUCGUCUCUCUGAUAACUCUCCAAGGUCAAACAUGUGUGGUUCACCAGAACAUAAGAUUUCCUCAGAGGAUAGUCGUUAUCAUAAUUUGACACAUGACGAUUCUGACUCAGAUGACCAAAUCUCCAAGGCGUCAUCUUUUGAAGACACAGAUGAUUCUGAAUCUGAUGCUUUGAGGUUACAGUCGGCAGCUACUGAAGCAAACAAAUCGAUAUGCAAUGAGACAAUUGAUGGUUGUGAAGCCCUUAAGCAGUUGAGAAAGGAUAGUCUUCAUGUUUCUGAUGUUGAGCAGCAUCUCCCACGCAGUAGUAGCAGCAGUGAUAUCGACACAGGUACUUCUUCGAGCAGCAACCAUCUUGAAGCUGUCGCGAAGCAUAAGGAGGAACAGGUCUCAAGUAACAGCAGUGCAUCAGAAACUGCUAGAAAUGAUCAAAUGGUCACAAGCUCAAUGGUAGAACCGAAUCGCCUGCCAAGGUUUGGUGGUAUUCGUUCUAGAAGUCAAUUAGUCUGGCGUCAACUAUCAGAUAAAGCUGUUCCAGCGGAUUCAAGAUCCGAUUCUCCCGGUGUCGAUGUUCAAGUUCGUAGACUUAUUGAGGACCUGAAAAAUGAGUCUACUGAGCUCCAAAGAUCAGCAAUAGGAGAGCUGCUGAUUCUUUCUAGGCACAGCAUGGAGAAUAGAAUUGCCAUUGCAAACCACGGUGCUAUACCCUUCUUGGUGAGUCUUCUUUAUUCUGCAGAUCCCAGCACGCAAGAAAGUGCUGUAACGGUACUCCUGAACUUGUCAAUUAAUGACAACAACAAGAUCGCCAUCGCAUGUGCCAACGCCAUCGAGCCUCUCAUCCACGUUCUUGAGACGGGUAACCCAGAAGCAAAAGCAAACUCAGCUGCUACUCUCUUCAGCCUUUCAGUAAAUGAAGAAAACAAGGCCAAAAUUGGACGCUCCGGCGCAAUUAAACCACUAGUAGACUUGCUAGAAGAUGGGAAUGCACAGGGGAAGAAGGAUGCAGCAACGGCUCUCUUCAACCUAUCGAUAUUUCACGAGAACAAGGCCCGAAUCAUUGAGGCCGGGGCUGUAAAGCCCCUGGUGGAGCUCAUGGACCCUGCAGCAGGGAUGGUUGACAAGGCUGUCUCCGUCCUUUCAAUCCUUGCCACGGUGCAGGAGGGGAGGGAUGGCAUCGCUCAGGCUGGUGGUAUUCCCGUGCUGGUUGAGGUGGUCGAGCUGGGCUCAGCAAGGGCGAAGGAGAAUGCUGCCGCUGCCCUGCUGCAGCUCUGCACCAACAACAGCAAGUUCUGCAGCCUGGUGCUCCAGGAAGGCGCCAUGCCGCCUUUGGUGGCGUUGUCGCAAUCAGGCACGGCCCGUGCAAGAGAGAAGGCACAGGUUCUUCUGAGCUUUUUUCGCAACCAACGCCAAGUUGGCAAGGUCAUUAGACGCUAGAUUCAGAUGAUGACGGAGUACCCCGGGUGUACCUUCUGAUGUAAUUACGACUGCUUUUCCUUGCAUCCUUGCGCAACCAUGCUUGUUGGGCAAGUGGUGUACAUCCCAUAGGUAGUGAUAUUCUUGGGUAGCGAGUGGUUAAAGAGUGAUUGGUGUAAGACGUCUCCAUUGUAUAUUGCGUACUAAUCAUUUCUUCACUUGUUCAGUUGUUUGUGACGUUGGGAAAGAGUUA